AUGCACAACUUCGUGUCACCGGAGAAUAAGCAACGAAAGUCAAGCAGUGAUGUUAGUCGCGAGAGUUCGUCUGCAUCUACAUCUUUGGACGAGUCCACCAAACGACAAUCGAAAACGGAGGAAUCUCGUCGUCGUGAAGAGCAGCGAGCCGAAGAAGAUCGGUUACUUCGACAGCGCUGGGCGGAGUCGAAGUUAUUGGAAGAAGAGGUCGCCCGUCGUUUAGAGCGUUACUUGGACACAGAACUUGCAAAACUCCUCGACGAACGCAGUGAUGAAUUUACGGCCGAGAUCGAAAGACGUGUCGAGACCGAACGGGCGGAAUUGAUCAAACGUCGAACGGAAGAGGCAGAACGAAGGGCUCGGGAGGAAGCAGAAGCGUUGCGACGCAGAGAAGAAGAAGAAAGAAGAAAAAAGGAACUAAAUGAGCGGCUAAUACGUGAAAGGGAACGCGAACUAGAGGAGAAACGACGAAUUGAAGAAGAAGAGCGUCAAAAACGAUACGGUGCCGAGCUACGUGAAUUGGAAGAAAGACAACGCCAAGAAGCUGAGGAACUUAAACGCAUCAAGCGAGAGCAAGAAAUCAUAUUGAAUAAAAAACGUGUCCGACCAAAACUUUCUUUUACACUGAAGAAAUGA